UGUGGCGCCGGGCCCGGGCGGCGGCGGGCUCCAGCGGCGGGACCCCUUCGCCCCGCCCGCCUUCCCCUUCGCGCCCCCGGGCGAGGCCGCGGCCGUGAUCGGCCGUGAGCCGGCGGCGGGGGGCGGCCGGGGUCGGGGCCGCGGGCGCCGCCGGGGCGCGCGGGGCGGCGGCGGGGGCCGGGGGGGCCCGGGCGCGCGGGAGCGGGAGCGGCCGGGGGAGCCGGAGCGCACCAUGGAGGCGGCGGCAGGCGGCCGUGGCUGCUUCCAGCCGCACCCGGGGUUGCAGAAGACGCUGGAGCAGUUCCACCUGAGCUCUAUGAGCUCGCUGGGCGGCCCGGCCGCCUUCUCGGCGCGCUGGGCGCAGGAGGCCUACAAGAAGGAGAGCGCCAAGGAGGCGGGCGCGGCCGCGGUGCCGGCGCCGGUGCCCGCAGCCACCGAGCCGCCGCCCGUGCUGCACCUGCCCGCCAUCCAGCCGCCGCCGCCCGUGCUGCCCGGUCCCUUCUUCAUGCCGUCCGAUCGCUCCACCGAGCGCUGCGAGACCGUGCUAGAAGGCGAGACCAUCUCGUGCUUCGUGGUGGGAGGCGAGAAGCGUCUGUGUCUGCCGCAGAUCCUCAACUCGGUGCUGCGCGACUUCUCGCUGCAGCAGAUCAACUCGGUGUGCGACGAGCUCCACAUCUACUGCUCGCGCUGCACGGCCGACCAGCUGGAGAUCCUCAAAGUCAUGGGCAUCCUGCCCUUCUCGGCGCCCUCGUGCGGGCUCAUCACCAAGACGGACGCCGAGCGCCUGUGCAACGCGCUGCUCUACGGCGGCGCCUACCCGCCGCCCUGCAAGAAGGAGCUGGCCGCCAGCCUGGCGCUGGGCCUGGAGCUCAGCGAGCGCAGCGUCCGCGUGUACCACGAGUGCUUCGGCAAGUGUAAGGGGCUGCUGGUGCCGGAGCUCUACAGCAGCCCGAGCGCCGCCUGCAUCCAGUGCCUGGACUGCCGCCUCAUGUACCCGCCGCACAAGUUCGUGGUGCACUCGCACAAGGCCCUGGAGAACCGGACCUGCCACUGGGGCUUCGACUCGGCCAACUGGCGGGCCUACAUCCUGCUGAGCCAGGACUACACGGGCAAGGAGGAGCAGGCGCGCCUCGGUCGCUGCCUGGACGACGUGAAGGAGAAGUUCGACUAUGGCAACAAGUACAAGCGGCGGGUGCCCCGGGUCGCUGGGCUGCAAGUUGAACAGGAAACUGGUUUUCUCCACUCUCCGAAGUCCCCCCUGUGGUUGGAGGAAGUUGUGUUGGAGGAAGACGUUAUCAUGAGUGCUGCUGUGCGCCCCUCCCUGCCCACCACUCACUACCACCUCCCCAGAGUCUUGCCCUGGGGGGGUCCUGGUGUGGAAUCUGCCUUCUGUCGUCCUGUGGAGCCUUGCCCGCUGGUGCCUGUUUCCUCUGAGCCCCCGGCCUCCAUAAGACCCAAAACAGAUGACACCUCUUCCCAGUCCCCUGCGCCUUCCGAAAAGGACAAGCCGUCCAGCUGGCUGCGGACCUUGGCCGGCUCUUCCAAUAAGAGCCUGGGCUGUGUUCACCCUCGCCAGCGCCUCUCUGCUUUCCGACCCUGGUCCCCCGCGGUGUCAGCGAGUGAGAAGGAGCUCUCCCCACACCUCCCAGCCCUCAUCCGAGACAGCUUCUACUCCUACAAGAGCUUUGAGACAGCUGUGGCCCCCAACGUGGCCCUCGCACCGCCGGCCCAGCAGAAGGUUGUGAGCAGCCCUCCAUGUACUGCCGCCGUCUCCCGGGCCCCCGAGCCUCUCGCCACUUGCACCCAGCCUCGGAAGCGGAAGCUGACUGUGGACACCCCAGGAGCCCCAGAGACGUUGGCACCCGUGGCUGCCCCAGAGGAGGACAAGGACUCGGAGGCCGAGGUGGAAGUGGAAAGCAGGGAGGAAUGUACGUUCACCUCCUCCUUGUCCUCGCUCUCUUCCCCGUCCUUUACCUCAUCCAGCUCCGCCAAGGACCUGGGCUCCCCGGGCGCACGUGCCCUGCCCUCGGCCGCCCCUGAUGCCGCGGCCCCUGCCGACACCCCCAGUGGGCUGGAGGCGGAGCUGGAGCACCUGCGGCAGGCGCUGGAGGGCGGCCUGGACACCAAGGAAGCCAAAGAGAAGUUCCUGCAUGAGGUGGUCAAGAUGCGCGUGAAGCAGGAGGAGAAGCUCAGCGCGGCCCUGCAGGCCAAGCGCAGCCUCCACCAGGAGCUGGAGUUCCUGCGCGUGGCCAAGAAGGAGAAGCUGCGGGAGGCCACAGAAGCCAAGCGGAACCUGCGGAAAGAGAUUGAGCGUCUCCGCGCUGAGAACGAGAAGAAGAUGAAAGAGGCCAACGAGUCCCGGCUGCGCCUGAAGCGGGAGCUGGAGCAGGCGCGGCAGGCCCGGGUGUGCGACAAGGGCUGUGAGGCGGGCCGCCUGCGCGCCAAGUACUCGGCCCAGAUCGAAGACCUGCAGGUGAAGCUGCAGCACGCGGAGGCCGACCGGGAGCAGCUGCGGGCGGACCUGCUGCGGGAGCGCGAGGCCAGGGAGCACCUGGAGAAGGUGGUGAAGGAGCUGCAGGAGCAGCUGUGGCCGCGGGCCCGCCCCGAGGCUGCGGGCAGCGAGGGCGCUGCGGAAUUGGAGCCCUAGAUUCCGUGCCUGGCGCCGCCGACAACGCGGGUGCAGGGGGGCGCGGCUGGGCGGUGCAGCUCUGCCCAGCCGCGCCCCUGCAGCCCGCCCACACAGCACAACGUCUUACUGUGCCUAUUACCAAGCGAGUGUUUGUAACCAUGUAGUUUUGGAAUCCACUGCAAAAUUUUCUACUGGCCAAGUUCAAGUGAGCAAGCCGUGUCCCCCAACUGCAGCUGGAGACGGGGCCAGCUCGGCGGCAUGCUGGUCCUCUGCUUACUAGAACAUUCUAACAUUUACACUUUUGUUAUAAGCUAUUUAAAACCAGUAAGGAGACUUGAAAUUCAGAAAAUCAACACAUUUUUAAAUGACUAACUUUUAAAAGCCCCCAACACACAACGCCAUCUGAAGACCCACAACGGAGUGGGGGUGGCGGCCGCCCCACCCUCCCCGCCGGGAAGCCAUCACAGCUCAUCUGCCCGCGGCUGCGUGAGGACAGCAGGGCUUUUUCUUCAGAGUCUAUUUUUUCAGCGACAAGGACCCAGGUCUUCCUGCUGCUGCCAGGGAGAGCAGGGACAGUGCCGCGUGCGAGAUGAGCUUGAACACUGCCCGCCUUACGCCCACCCCGCCUGCCAUGUCGCCGUCGAUGCCAGCGCUGCCCCCACGGGUACCAGGUGGUGCAGAGCCGCACAGGAGCUGCCCCAGAGCUGAAGGGACGGUCUUCGGCUCCUCUGCACCCCGUGAUUCUGCCCAGGCUCCUCCACCACGAGGCACUGACCUGCGUCAGGUGGUGACCGUGGCUGGCGGUCACACCCUCAGCCCCUCCGGGCACACGUGCCGCCUGACCGGGCGAUCCUUUCAGUUCGGCAAACAUCGCUCCCUUCAUUUUGGGACUGAGGCUGCAGCAUUGGAACAAAACAGCAUUAUUUCAAUUUUUCUUUUUUUUUUUUUUGUUGGUUCAUUUAAACGUAUAUUUAGAACUGCACUUUGUCACCAACCUUCCCUUUCUAUUCCCCAGUGAACUGAGGUUUUUACCGAUUUAUAGAGCAGUCAAAUCCUAAGUGCUCGAGUGCUUAGAAACCCCUCUGGUGCUUGGUUGAACAAGGGAAUCACAAGAAAACGAAAAUGCAAAAGCUGAACUUCGGGGUCGUUCUGUGCCUUCCAGCAUCUUGUACAGCAAAUCCUGACUCGUGUCUUUUUACCCCCAAAAUAUUGUCUUCAGUAGCGACUGAAUCUGCCACUCUCAGAAUAAGUUCCUUGCAUUUAUUCCAAAUAAUCUCGUUUACUCUCACCUGUUUAUGCAAAUUGUAUAAGGUUUCUUAUGCCCAAGCUUGAAAAAUGAUUUCCCAGUAGACAAGAGGCGGCUACCCACCCUACAGUUACGGUAUUUAUUUACAUAAGAAGAUCUUACCGGAGUUCUUUGCUUGAAUCCGUUCUGACACCCACGGCAGCUGCACGCGCUCUCGGAAGGUGGAGAUGACUCGCCCAGGUACAGACGACCUCGGGGCAGUGACGAGCAAAGACCAGAGACUGCUGAGCCCUCGCGUCUGGGUGGCGGAAUUGCCUGCAGGGUUUUGCCCUUGGUUUACUGAGGGGGGUCUUGGUUGCUGCUGAAGCCCCCCACCCCUUCUAAAGUGCAAUGCAAAAGGGACAUCAUGUAUAUGCAGCGUUUGUUUGGAUUUUUCUUUGCUUUUGUUUUCUUUGCGGUUGUUCUAUCUGUGUGCAUGGAUUCCACACCUCUGCCGUAGGUAGAUCCGUCAGCGGGCAUUAUUACCGUGUCUUGUAAAGGGUCGGUUUUGUUACGCAACACGCAGAAUGCUGUUUUUAGCCUUGUUCUACCAGAGUUGCGUUUUUUCAGUCAUUUCUUCAAGGGAAACUAAACAAUUUAGUUGGAGCAAAGCUUUAAGUGUGUUGGCGUGCUUCUGUGUGGCUGUCCUGUCGCCAGGUCGAAGAUCACAGUGAGGUAGAGGCCCUGCCCCGUCCCCGGGGCCACCAGGUUUGCUCCGUUUGCUUUGAGUUUUUACACCCCAGAGGGAGAUGAACUUUUGCAAGCUCUGUCUGGGCCAGAGCCUCUCCUUGCCCUUGCUCCAUCCUGAUGGUCACCAUUGGGUCCACGCCUCCACCGCCCCGUCUUGCCCCAAACGGAAAGCGCUGUGUCUGCAGUGGCAGCCCUUCCCCACUUCGGCUCUGGGAGCGUCCAGCCAGUGUCACCUGGGCCCACCCCUUCCUGCAGCUGCCAGGCCUGUGCGGUCAGUGGGACCCGGACGCGGGCAGGCCCUCCCUGCACCAGCCACUGGAGCUGGGGACCCUCCCAGGCGGUUCCCGCAGCUCUUGGCUCACCUCGCCAGGGUCGCUGCCACCCUCAGGGGCCUGAGUCUGAGGAGACAGCUGUGGCUGCAGGGCCGCUCUGGACGGGGGUCCCAGGCCCCAAGGGGUGCGUGCCUGGCUUCCCUUGGCACGGGUGCAAGUCAGUUUCCUUUCAGCAGAAGAGGGGGAGAGGUGUCCGCUGCGUGGGCUGCUGACUCCUCUGUGUGAGGCCCUUCAUCUAAGUGAUUUUGUAUUCAGUUUAAUUCUCAUUAUAUUUCUAUACUGAAAGAAGAUUUUUAACGAAGGGAAAAACAACAGCAAUAACAUUCAUAUCUCUGGAGCAGCUAACUCAUACACGUAAUGUCUGCUUUUCGUACAGAACUAGCCAAUGUAAAAACAGUUCACCUGUAAAUACUUUUUCCUUUUUCACCGUUGUAUUAUACAUGUAUAUGCUGGGUCCUUUUUCAGAAACUCUUUUCUUACCUGAGAGUCGUCUUGUUUUCUGGGCUGUUUUUAACUGAGGAAAAAAAAAAAUGCUUUCCUGCUGGGGGGCGGGGGAGACAGAGAAACCCAUGUGUGUUUCCCAUGUGACACCCUCCUCCCUGUGGGUCCGAGCCCCGGCCACCCCCACCCCCUCCUCCCUGUGGGUCCGAGCCCCGGCCCCCCCGCCCCCUCCUCCCUGUGGGUCCGAGCCCUGGCCCCCCCGCCCCCUCCUCCCUGUGGGUCCAAGCCCCGGCACCCCCGCCCCCCUCUUCCUGUGGGUCCGAGCCCCGGCCCCCCCGCCCCCCUCCUCCCUGUGGGUCCGAGCUCCAGCUCCCCCACCCCGCCCUCAGCCCGCCAGGGUCCAGGGAGACGUUUGUUCUUGCUUUAAGUCAGGAGUCACAAAUGACUUUUUUUUUCAAUUAAGGAAAAAGCUCCAUCUCUACCUUUAACAUCACCCAGACCCUGCCCCUGCCCGUGCCCCACGCUGCUGCUAACGACAGUAUGAUGCUUACUCUGCUACUCGGAAACUAUUUUUAUGUAAUUAAUGUAUGCUUUCUUGUUUAUAAAUGCCUGAUUUAAAAAGAAAAGAAAAAGAGCUUGGCAUAUUUAU